AUGGAACAAAAAAUUAAUUUACUUUUAUUUAUUAAAAUUUCUACUUUUACGCUUUUAUCCUGGACAAAGUGUUUUAUGAAUAAUACGAGUAUAUUUAAUAAGUCCCUGGAUGAAAAUUACAACCUUGGUAAAACACUAGUUACAAGAACAUAUAGAAUACUAGUAAAAUAUAAGUAUGAUAAGGAUUCAGUUACUGAGCGUUUAAAAGAACAUAAAUAUAAGUGUGAAUCGAACGAAAAGAAAUGUAUAACUAAUAAUGAAAAAAAAACCACAGAAAAUAAAAAGGAGUUAAAUAGAUGUUCAUCAAUAAAUACAGGAGUUCAUAAACAACUUAUGAAUAAUAAAACUUGUAUAUUCGAAACCAAAAAAUAUUCCCAAAUUGAAAAAAAAAUAUUCAAAGAGCUUGAUUAUAUAGAUUUUCUUGAAAAAAAUAGGACAAUUAGCGAUAAAACUUUCAGAAAAGCAGUAUUUAAAAAAUGCAGAGUACGAAUUGUUUUACCUUUAUUCAUGGUCUUGUUAUUAUCAACCUAUCUAAUAUUAGAUUCUUUUUGUAGUUGUGGGCUUAUAAAAUGGUUGUUAGUUGUACUGAAGGAGAAUAUUGGGGCUGGAUGGUCGCGUCCUCUACAUGAUUUUUUGGAUAAACUCAAUUUAGAUAUUUUGUGGAUAAGUGGAUGUGUAGGAAAGGAAGGUGCAAAAAGAACGUGGACGUUUAUAACUAUACCAUUUCUGUACUAUGUAAUUUAUUGUAUGCCUUUGUUUAUAAUAGGUGUCACGAUUAUAUUAUAUAUCAUUUACUACCAUAAAAAAGUUAAAAAAUAUCAAAAUAUUAAGUUCAGGAAAGGAUAA